CAGCGCUGCCUUGCGCGGGGCCGGGACCGGGGCCUGCUCGCACCGGCCGGGCGGCUGCCGGGGUGCGGGGCGCCGCGGGCCUGGCGGGCGGGGAGCGCGCCCUCCGCCCGGCCUUAAAGCGCGGCCUCGCCUGAGGGGGGCGCGUAAUGGCUGACCCGCAGCGGGGCGCGGGCGCGCCGAGGCCCCCUCCUCCAGCCGCCGUAGGAGACACCUGAAGCUGGCAGCAGGCCCGGCCGCGGCGGGAGGGCGCGCCUCAGCCCCUCUUUGGGCCGCGGUUCCUCCCGGUCUCCCCGGAGCUGCCAAAGGGAGCUCGCUCUUAGAGAGAUGCUGGUUAAAGGAGGUAAAUCUGACAGGAUUUCCAGUGCCCUAAUGGCCGUCGGGCUGUCAGAUAUGGCGGGUCCAGCUGCCAGCACUACUGUGCGCGCUGGGUGCUACUGGAUGGAUCUGUGUUUCCGAACAGGAUGGGUUUCCUUCAGAGAAAACGGUAAUGCAGGUACACGAGGUAACUGUCCAGAGGAAGCCAUUGGGCUGCACAUGGGUAGACUGUUUACAACAGAACCGUUUCACGUGUUCUAGCAGAGGCCCACUCAAUUCGUUUGCCUAGGAGGCUAAGUCAGCACUGCAACUGGAGAAACACUGAAUACUUAAAUGAUACUUAAAAGUUGUUCUGAUAAUACCUUAAAUAAAUAUGGAACUUCUAUUCCCAUGUUAUCUAGUACACUAAUUCGCAAAACUCAGGCUACUUAAAUAGUAGUAUAGUCAAAGGUUAACCUUUUCUGCUUUUAUUUUUGGCCUGCUUUUUUUAUGUACAGCACUGGUAAUAAGUGUACAUAUACACUUCAUGUACACACACCUGGUCAUAAGUGAAUAAUGUUUAAAAUGAAGUAGUCGUUUCAGCAACAGCAAACUGUUUAAAAAUUGACUUAGUCAUCUUAGUAAUAGGAAAUUCUUGAUGGCUAUUUAAAAAAAUAAUCCCUUAAUUUUCAUGAUGUGGAUAUUUUGAUGUGUAUUUAAGUCCUUGUAUUCAUGAUCAGUAAGCAACACUAGUCUGGUCACUUACAUGUCUGUUCAGUUCUAGCUGGAUGUAGCAGCUCAGCAGGCAUGAAGGAUCCCUGUGUAGCUCUAGAAUGACUAGCACUGCUGUGGCCAUUGAAUAUCUGGGGACCCACAAGGCUUUGGUGAUAGUAUCCUAUCCCUUUCUAAAUGGAUUUGUUAGAGGUAUAUGAAGUUUGCAACCACAAUCAUCAAAGCACAGCUUUCAUAUGCUUUUUAAACUCAUAUCCCAGGCAUAUGAAGUUCUGUCGGACCCAAAGAAAAGGGACCUCUAUGACCAGGGUGGGGAGCAGGCUAUUAAAGAAGGAGGCCUGAGUGGCGGCAGCUUUUCUUCACCCAUGGACAUCUUUGACAUGUUCUUUGGUGGUGGAGGCCGAAUGAAUAGAGAGAGAAGAGGCAAAAACGUUGUACACCAGUUAGGUGUAUCACUUGAAGAUUUAUAUAAUGGUAUUACAAGGAAACUGGCACUGCAAAAGAAUGUUAUUUGUGGCAAGUGUGAAGGUUAUGGCGGAAAGAGAGGGGCAAUAGAAAAGUGCCCUGUGUGUAAAGGAAGAGGAAUGCAAGUUAUAGUUCAGCAAAUUGGACCUGGUAUGGUACAGCAAAUCCAAACUGUGUGUCCAGAAUGCAAAGGCCAAGGUGAAAGAAUAAAUCCGAAGGACAGGUGUGACAACUGCAAUGGCUGUAAGGUUGUAAGAGAGAAAAAGAUCAUAGAAGUUCAUGUUGAUAAGGGUAUGAAAGACGGUCAGAAGAUAGUAUUUCAUGGAGAAGGUGACCAGGAGCCUGAUCUGGAGCCUGGUGAUGUUAUAAUUGUGCUUGAUCAAAAGGAUCACAGUGUCUUUCAGAGACGAGGGCAUGACUUAAUCACAAAAAUGAGAAUUCAACUCUCAGAGGCUUUAUGUGGUUUCAGAAAGACCAUUGAAACUCUGGAUAACAGAGUUCUUGUUAUAACAUCUAGGCCAGGUGAAGUGAUAAAACAUGGUGACCUAAAGUGUAUCUACAACGAAGGAAUGCCUGUCUACAAAUCUCCAAUGGACAAAGGCAGCUUAAUUAUACAAUUUUUGGUCCAGUUCCCAGAGCACUACUGGCUCCCAAGGGAGAAACUGUGUCUGCUGGAGGCUCUGCUCCCUCCACGAGAAGAUGUCAUGAUCACAGAUGAGAUGGAUCAGGUAGACCUUGAAGACUUCGAUCCAAGUGAGCAAACCUACCGCAACAGUGGGGGAGAAGCAUAUGAAGAAGAUGAGGAGGGUCCAAGAACAGGAGUACAAUGUCAGACAUCUUAAAGCAAGGUGGAAUGGAUGUCAUCUCAAAUGUAAAUUUUCACAAUGAAAACUGCAUGGCUGUAAUAGCCACUGCUUGUGGGUUUUGUGUUCAGCAAAUUGAGUUGCUGCGCUGUCAGUAUCACCUUUUUGUAACUAAUUUAUAUUGUGUUCUUGUAGUCUUUAUAUAUAAAGCAAAUGUCACACAGCUGAGAACCAACUGAGUUGGUAUACAUUUUCCUUUGCUGUGAAGGUUCUUGGAUUUAUUUCACCAAUGCUAUUUAUAUAAGACUUUGGCAAUAUUGAUAGAGGCUAAGUGGAGUGUCUUAUGUAAAUACUUUCAUACUGGAAAAUUAAUUUCAUAGAAUAAACCAUAGUAGAAAUAACUUCUAAUAAAUAGAACUCUUCACAUU